GAGGAGAAAUAUCUAAUUUGAUCAAUUCUUUCAAAUUCUCGAAAAUAUGUGUUCGUUGUAUGAAAUGUAGCAUGGCACCUGGAGAAACACGCAAAAGUCGCAGUAAAUACGAUGCACACCACUGCUUGCUAGAAUCAAUCUCUUAGAAUACUGGGUCGUGCUGUCGUCUGAGGACACGUAGUCAACCUGCCUGGAUCGCACUUCGAGAGUUCUCGAACCUUAUGGAACGGGGAACUCUAGUCUGAGAACUAGCGAGCUUGUGAUGGUAGCGUAGUCGUCUUAGUUCAGUGUUGAUCUUCUCCGUUGUAAACAGACUAAGUAAAGCUCAAUAAAGCCGAUCAACCUGCACAGUAGCUUGAACUAGAAAAUGACGAAGCGGAACCUGAGCUUGGGUGGUGGAUCAAGUCUGCUCAGCCACACAGCUCCCUCACCAUUUCCUCUCCACGGUUUUCCAGGAUAUGAUACUGCGCCGAAGCCGGUCGAAAGACCUGCCAAUCCACAUUACGCCGAUUGUGGCUUACAGCAAGAGUCACAGUCUAAACAUCCUUUUCUUUCGCGAUCGUGCAAUCCAUACUCUUCGCAGAGUCAGCGAUCCCUUUCGCAAGGAUGUCUUACGCAAUCUCAAAAUACACUACGGCUAUCUCAGAAUUCGCAACCUGAGGACUACGGUUGCGAUCAAUGGAAAACUGGCAAAGAGAUAGCGCUCGGUCAGUCGCAAAAGCCUCCUCCUUAUUUUUCUGGAUUGACGACGAGUCUCAAUCGCCGCAACUCACCGGGGAAUGUUGGAGGAAGUCAAAGUGCGCCUGCAAGUUCGACUUCCACCAGUGCUGCAUUAUGCGUAGUUGGACCUCAAAACAACACACCUCGUCCGUGGCCACAAUGCAACGUCUCUGAUGAGCUGGAGAGAAGAUUAGGUAACUUGGAGAAAUUGUGGGAAGCAGAAACAGCGGUUCUUCAAAAAAUUUGUGAUGAUUAUCAGCAGUUCAAGACAUUAAUUGAAGAAGCAUGCUUUGAGAGCAAAGACAACAGAUCUAAAUUGUCGAUUCAACAAGACGCACUUCAGAAGCUGGUCAAAGAAGAAGAAGCUGCGAACAGCGGGAUAUAUACUGCCGUCAAAGCCUCAGAGGAUGCCAUUCUCCAAGAUAUCAAAACUCUGAAGCAAGCGGUCAACGAAGUGGCGGAAGAGAAAAAUAAGACCGCUUUGAAGCUCAUGAUUCAGUCUUUGCGGGAUGAAUUUGUCAGCUUCAAAAGAGAUUUAAAAGCUGAGAUUCCCCAUCCAGUACAAAAUAGCGACAUGCGCCACCAGGGUCGGUAUAAUCCUCCAGAAAUAGUGGAUCUGGAUGAGCUUCCCGACUCUGACCUCGACAUCGGUCUCGGUUUCUUGGCAGGAGGUGAUAAUUUUUGCCGCAUUAGUUCAACUGCCGAAACAAAGAUCAAUCGACUCACUAACUAUCGUAACAGCUCGGACGAUGACAUCCGCAAAUCGGUUCGGAGGAAGAUGAUUCGAGCUCAAAGGAGAGUGCGUUGCAAGCUGGUUUAAUUUCGAAUUCGCCACAUUGAAUGAAAUCCCUGCGUCAAGAACUGGUAUUUGAUCGUAGCCUUUCAAAUUGGCGGCAGAUCAUUUCAAGCGUUUAUGGAACAUACACCCAUAGUUGUCAGUUGUGACUGAUCAUUCGGCAGAACACAAGAUCAUGCUUGACAGUCUUUGCCAGUAUGUUCAAGAUAAAAAUUAGUAAUUUGAAUCCAGAAAAAACAUUGACCAACCAAAUUCUUUUUACUUGUUGAAAUGCUUUCUGUAGACAGGUUAGAAUUCUUUGCUAAAAUUAAUAGAAAAUCUGUUUCCUUACUUUGAGACUAUUCCUAUACUUCAAAAGGCUUUGGAUUAAGGUAAGAAAUACAAAUUUUGGGAUGUUAUAAUUUUAUUUAA